CCUCAACGAGUUUGUCCAAUUGGAUUUAGACUGUGCCUCGGCAGACGUACGUGCGUGAAAACGUCAAAGGUUCGAUUUCUCGGACAAGUGGAGUAUUUUUAAUAACGAACGCAGUAAUUGCUGAGUGUUCGAUUUUGGGCCGGUUUGGGUUAAAUUUCGCGAGUGUGACUGUGGAAAGAGAAUUGUCGGAAGAUGUAUCGUUUUGUACUGAGAAAUCCCUGCAAAAAUGCCGUACAGAAAACCUUGACACACUACAUCCGCCGACACAAUAGUAGCGGGGUACCACGACAGGCUGGGUUCGGAAAGAUUUUGGUUAUCAUCACACCAUUUGUAGCAGUGGGUGGUGUUGCUACUUAUGCAAAAUAUGAUGAUGAAUUUCGAAAAACACUCGUGAAGAAUGUUCCAGGUGCUGAUUCUAUUCUAAAAGUGGUGCUACAGGAAGAGAAUCCAUUUGAAGAUGUUUCUAAGAAAUUCAGCAGUGUAACUUCAAGCGUCACAGGCUUGUUCGGAGGAGGGGACAGUCAGACAUCUGACACAAAACCAAAAAAGGUAGAAAUCACAGAAGUUAAACUACCCACCCAAAAACCUGUAAGUAUUUCUAGUUCCUCCUCAAGCAAAGCACCUUCCUCACAAUCGGAUUCUAUUAUUCCCGUUCCUUUACCUCCAAUAACUUCCGAUCCCACGAAGACUACUGCAACUGCCACAAAACAAGAAAAAAAAGAAAGUACUGCAUCAACUGCAACACCAGCUGCAGCACCAUCGAAACCUAUCACAGUCUCAAAACCCACAGAUAGCAUUCCAUCCGAUAUCCAAGAAUUGGAGAAGGCAGUGGAGUUAGCAGCUGCACUUGCUGUCGAAGAGUACAAUAAGGCAAUUGGUGUUCUCAAGUCAUAUAACGAAGAGAUCAAGAAGGUCGUCGAUCAUGCUAUCGAAAAGUUAGACCCCACAGCGUGGAUUGCUAUGAAAAAUAAAACCAGUGCCCGCGAUACCACAGUCGAGCAUGCUGAAAAUUCCGCUCGUGAUGCUUUGAAUAAGAUGGAUCAAUGUCAAGCUGCCUUAUCCAAACAUGCCAACACAGUGAGUGCCGAACGUCUUGAUGCCAUACGAAAUAAAAUUCGAACGUUGAACGAUCACAUUAAUGGACGUAAGGAUGAAUUGUAUCGUACGAAGGACUCUGCUGUUCUUUCCGAGAAAUAUUGGAAGAAAGUAGAGAGCGCUCGAAAUUACUUCCUAGACGAGAUCGCGGCUAUUUUUCCGGGUCUCAACUUGGCUGAGAAGAAACUGAACCUGAACAAAGAUGAUUUGGACUUGUUUAUAACUCAUGCCUAUUCACAUGUUCUGGCAUAUCAGAAAGAAUUGCAACGUUUACAAUUGGAAGGAGAAAUGCGACUCAAGCGUGCCAUUGAUGCAUUGCGGGGGGAGGAUCAGACGGAAGCAGUGCGAGCUCAAGUUGAUUUCUACUUGGAGAAAGAGCGGCGAGAUAUGGCUCUUGAGAAUCAGAAAAAGGUCUCGAGAAUUAUUGCAGAAUCAGAAAAGGAGUUGAAAAAACAACUGAAAAGGCAGUCGGAGGCGCAUGUUGACCAUCUCCAUGACGCACUGACACAAAAGGAAACAGAGUUAAGACGUACGUUCAUGCGGGAAUUAGACGAGAAGAUUUCAACGGAGAAAGCUGCAUACAAAUUGCAACUAGCUUCAAUGUUGGGCAAAUUGAAGGGAAUGGAUGCCGCUCUAAAAGAAAUCGAUGAGGAAUUGAGAGCUCGUGCUGAGUCGGAACGGUGUGCUCAUCAGGCGCAGGCGUUAUGGGCGGCAUGUCAAGCACUUUGGGCUUCAGUGAGGACUGGCGAUCCAGGGGUCCAUUGGCAAUUGAAACUUCGCCCGCUAUCCAGUGAAAUUAAGGCAGUCGGUAGGGCAGCAGCGGAAGGUGAUGAACUAGUUACUGUCGUUCUCCAAAGUCUCCCUAAGGAAGCACUAGCACGAGGUGUCUACCCUGAAGAUGCAUUACGCGAACGCUUUAUCAAUGUAGAGCGAGUAGCGAGAAAAGUUGCCCUAGUUCCAGAGGAGGGUGCUUCUUUGCCUGUCUAUCUUUUGUCCUAUCUCCAAUCUAUGCUGAUAAUGCGUCCUGAUAAUCCUAUCUCGCAGGAAGAACUAGAAAACAAAGUUUUCGAUUUCAGCAAAUUAGAUACUUAUGAUGUUUUGAAUCGAGCCAGGUAUUUCUUGGAUCGUGGAGACUUAACGCAAGCUGUGAAAUACUUGAACCUCCUGCAAGGUGCACCACGAAAAGUGGCAAAUGAUUGGCUGAAGGAAGCACGUCUUUUGCUUGAGACACAACAGGCUUCAAAUACUUUAAUGGCACAUGCAGCAGCUAGCGGUCUAUUAUACUUGUAGGCAAUGUGUACAACUGUACUGUAUGUGUAAAAUGCAAAUGAAAAUUGUUUUGAGAAUUCGUUUCUUGGUUUCUUUUACUUUGUACGAAUUCACAUAAUAUGAAAAUGAGGAGGAAAAUACACUGUUUACAUCUA